AUGGGCUACGACUCGCCUAUCUAUACUGCACACACGAACGCGCGCCUUUUCGUACACAUGAUCACCAGUAACGAGGCGCGUCCAAGAUGCGAUGGUAUUCACCACAAUCCCAAUGGCUAUUUCUUUCAUAUCUUGGAACUUUGCUUGAUACAUGGACCAGUGGCCGAGAAGAAAAGUGGCAGUGGCAAAUUCUACAAGGACCGUGAUAUCACUGCUUAG